AAGAUGCAUGGUUUGAUCACACACUCUCGCUUUGGAUUGUAAGAUAGCGCGGAUACAGUAGAAGCUGCAGUGGACGAGCUGAAAGGGAAGCCAGGAACUUUUAUCGGUUUUUUCUCUUGGUGCGUAAAAUGAAAGUGGUGCGUAAAUGUCUGCGCGGUAGAUGAUAUCCACAUUUUUUUUUAGAAGUUUACUUGAAAACUAAAUUGUGAGCUAGCUUCAGAGAAAAAGUCUCCUUUUGGCACGGAUGCUGUUGGAUAUUGCCCCAGGUCCGCGCUCCUGCUAUUGAUCUUAUUUCAGCCAUGGCUUACUCUCAGCUGGGAUACUCCUACUCCACCACACCUCAGUUUUUGAUGACCCCCGGCUCUCUGGCCGGUUGUCUGGAGUCGGGAACUCCUCCGCCUCACACGGUGCUGCGCUCCCCGGCCCACCAGCUCACCUCUGGCCCCGGCAUUGGAGUCUACAGCGGAACUUAUCCAAAGAGCCAAGGUUACUAUAACACCUGCUCCAGCGACGCCACCGCCCUCUACUCCAGAGCACCACUAGAUCACAAAGAUGGAGCUACAUCCGUGGGGACAUCUCAUACUCCUGGUUACUAUCCCUAUGAAUAUGCACUUGGACAAUAUCCAUAUGACAGAUAUGGGUAUUCCAGCUCUGACGGUGCUUCCCGUCGUAAAAACGCCACCCGGGAGACCACCAGCACCCUGAAGGCCUGGCUGCAGGAGCACCAGAAGAACCCCUACCCCACAAAGGGAGAGAAGAUAAUGCUCGCCAUCAUCACCCGGAUGACCCUCACACAGGUGUCCACGUGGUUUGCUAAUGCACGCAGGAGGCUGAAGAAGGAGAACAAGGUUACGUGGUCACCGCGGCCUUGUAAAAGCUCUGAUGACCGAGGCUGUGAUGAAGACAGCGAUGAAGCGGAAAAGCCACUUAAAAGUGACAAAGACCUUCCUGAUCAACAGUGUGCAGACCUGCAGAGCGACCUUGAGGACUUCGACCUCCUGGAGUCAGACGGUUCUGAUUGUGAACCGAAGCCACAGUUUCUACGUGAGGACAGUGACGCAAACCCAAACACAGAACUCUCACAUGGGCAUCUCGCACACAACCCAGACAACACACGGCACGGAAAAGACAGAUUGUCCCCAGACUGUCCCCAGACUGUCCAACAGCAAAACAAUACCUUCUAUGCUAAUCCAGACCCUCGAUGUACAGAGAGCAAGCCCAAAAUCUGGUCCAUCGCUCACACUGCUGCGUCAUUGGACGGCAGCUUGCAGCCAGAAUACCCCCCCUGCAUGCUGUCGUCGACCGGGUCCUUGUCUCCUGGGUAUCCAUCAAACAUGGCGCUCACCAAGGCAGAGAGGGAACAGGAGUCGCCAGUCGCCUCGCUCAGAGAAUGGGUGGAUGGAGUUUUCCACGGUCCUCCUUUCCAGCAGCCCAAACCAGCUGAUGUGUGGAAAGGCUUAAAUGAUGCCAUGAUAGACAGCCGGACAGUCCUUUGAACUUGUGAAGACUAUGUCAUCAUUGUAGUCCAACCAACACAUCAUCGACGGAGUAUAUUUAAAAGACUGAUGGACUUUAAAAAAACAAUAUAUUCUGUCUAUAUUUUGUUGUUGUGACUUGACCAAUUCACCAUUUGCAAAUAGCUACCCCUCAGUUACUGUUGUUACGUCUGUCAAGCUUCCAUUUUCAAACAGCAAAUUACCUUUAAAGUUGAACACAUUUUUAAAUCAAUGGGUCCAGACAGAAGUAGAAGAAAAGCCGCUCUCUCACAACCAGCAAACAACCAUCGCAUUUGCCAUCUGAAAUGCCAUAUAACAGACUUCCUCUAAUGGCUAGCUUGCUAAUUAACAUAAUGUUCAGACUAUUUAAAUGUGUCUUAAAUAUGCAUGGCCACAUACCUGCUGUAAUACUAAGAGAAAGAGAUUUUAAGACUGCAUGUACUCAGCAAAAAGCCAGCAUAUAUUCACCAGUUGAUGAUCUAGGAAACAUUUAUCCAUAUGUGUAAUGAGGACCAACUAAUCAUCUGACAGAUAAAACACUAUCUCAGGUAUUGUUGACUCUUGGGUUUAAACUUCCCCAAAUCUGUUCAUGAGAUGCUAACAUUAGCCACACAUUUAAUUGCAUAUAAUACUGACUUCCACACAAUGCAAUACAGUGGAUAUUCUAGUUGUUUAAAACAACUGUGACCAGCUAGAGGCAUAAAGCAACAUUGCAAACCCACCAAUAAUUAAUGUUAAUUUAUGAUAAGUUCCUUGGCUUUGCAAGUCACUGUUCACUUUUAGCCCUUAGCUAACUGGACACUCUAAUGAUUGCAGUGCAAAGCAUAUUUCUUAAAGUUAUGCUUGUGUUUUUGUGUUUCCAAAGAAAGAAAAAAAGACACCACUCUCCAAACUCUUAGCAGUAUUUCUCCAGUUCUCCAUGCAUGUGGAAACAAGUUUGACAGACUUAUGCGCAGUUACAGUUGGUCUGAUUGGCCAAUGGUUAUGUGGGGUAGGGGUUUAGCGAAUGGUAAAUUACCAAUCCUAUUUUGACAUUUUGAAAGGCCCCAACCCUCUCCCAACUUGCUAACUCUUUUGGUCCCCAUCUUUGGUCAAAUGUCUUUGAGCAAACUGUGUCACCACACACAUUCCUGCAGCAAGGUUGUACGGAUCACACACACAUGAAAAACAUACAAUAUUGUACACUUGCACUAUAGCCUGCACAAGCACU